UGUGUGUGAUGUGAGUGUGUGUGUGUCUCAGUGAAGGAUGCGGUGUGUCCUGGCUGUUCAGGUGCUGCUGUCCUGUUGGAGCGUCGUGCGGCCGUUUUGCCCCUCGCAGUGCACCUGUGUGUUCCAUGGCACCAGGACGGUGCUGUGUAACGACCCCGACACGGCCGAGAUCCCCGUCAACGUCCCGCUGGACACAGUGAAGCUGCGUGUGGAGAAAACAGCGGUGCGGCGAGUAAAAAACGAGGCGUUCUACUACCUCACCGAGCUCAGGUAUCUGUGGCUCACCUACAACUCCAUCAGCUCGGUGGACCCUGAGAGCUUUUACAACCUGAAGGUCCUGCACGAGCUUCGUCUGGAUGGAAAUCAAAUCUCCACGUUCCCCUGGGAGUCUCUCAGAGAGAUGCCCAAUCUCAGGGUGUUGGAUCUGCACAAUAAUCGCUUAACGAGCAUUCCUGUAGAAGCUGCAGCGCACCUGGUUAACAUCACAUACCUGGACCUUUCCAGCAAUAAGUUAAACACCUUGCCUUCUGAUCUUCUGGACAUCUGGGGACCCGUUUCUGGAAUGAAUCCCAGUGGUAGUACCUCUGAGAAGAUUGUACUGGGGAUCCAGGACAACAUGUGGUACUGCGACUGCCGCAUAUCCAAACUUAUCGAAAUAUCCAAAAUGGCAGAAGGUCCUGUGGUGCUAAUAGACCAGUUGGUGACCUGCAGCGGCCCAGAGAACCUGGCUGCGGUUCUGUUUAAACGAGCAGAACUGGAUCAGUGCAUUAAACCAACGGUGAUGACUUCAGCUACGAAGAUCACAUCUUCCCUCAGCAGUAAUGUGCUCCUGCGCUGUGAUGCUACAGGUUACCCUACCCCAACCCUGCUGUGGAGCCGAGAGGACGGUUCAGCGCUCAGUAGCCCAGUUGUGCAGGAAUCCCCAGGUGAAGGUGUUCGGUGGUCCAUCCUUAGUCUUCAGGGAAUCGCAUUGAAGGACACCGGUGUUUAUCGCUGCAAGGCAAGGAACGUUGCUGGAAGUUCAGAAUCCACCAUCAUGCUAUCUUUAGCUGAGGUGAACCUCACAACUCCAUCUCCUUCCUUCAACAUAUCUUCUUCUGCUGUUACAGAAGCAAUUAACUCUAUCACCAUCACUUCCAACACCACCACCACCACCACAACCACAACCAAGCCAUCUCUGACUACAUCGCCAUCUAUAGCGAGCAAGUUGAACUUAGGUCCAGGUGGAGGCAUCCAGAGAUCUCCACCUGAUAAAAAUAUAUACAGGAUGGAGCAGAGCAAAAUCAGCAUCAAGAAUAAAUCUAGAAAGAAAGGCAUCUCGUACAUCAGAGAUGUUGAGGUGGUUGAGGAAACAGGAGACAGUGCAGUUGUGACAUGGAUGAGUGAGGGGUUUCCCAGUGAAUCACCCAUGUCAGUGGUGUACUUUCCAUACAAUGCAGAGGAGAUAAAGGAGACCGUGGACACUGAAGUUGGAAAUGGUAAGCUUCUACUCGAGAACCUGUUUCCAAACCAGAUGUACACAGUGUGCUUGGUUCCCCAAAUUGGAAAGGAGCAAUGUGUGAAUUUUAUCACUCUGAAUUCCAUUACAGAUGUUGGUUCCAACAGGUGGCUGUUAAUCGUUAGUGGUAUCGCUUGUGUUUUUGCGCUUCCUCUCAUUGUUCUCCUUCUCUACAAAAUUUCGCUGCUGUACUGUCAGAGGAGCGGCAGGAACGCUGAAGUGGAUCACGAUCUUUCCAAAGAGACUUACGUGAAAUUUGAGGCUCUCGCCAUGCAGCAGGGGAUGCUGAACGGACAGGCGAGUGAACUCUGGACUCGACGGCUGACGCAGGAAUCGGAGAGGAUGCUCCUUUGUUCACGUUCAAGUAUAGACUCACAAAUGACCUACAAAAGUGAUAAUUCACGAUCUGAGUACCUUUGCUAGCCCUAAGCUAGCAAAAUGAACCAGGAACAGUAAUGAUUUCUUGCUUUGUGAGCCAAUGAAACAAAAUGAGUUAUGUCCUUACUUUUUUUUUUUUUUUUUCAUUGGUGUAGGUGCUGUAGCACUGUGGGUUUUGUGGUAAAAUUCUUUGUUUUUUGUUGUUGGUGAUGCCUGAUAGAAGCAUAGGCACCUCUGUGUAUGUGUAGUAGCCCAUCCGAAAGAAAUUCUAUCAUGUAGAAAGUGUUUUACAGUAUAUGUAAUGGUAUACCGAAAUGGUAAAAUCAACUGUAUUGGAUCAGCCACACUGUGACAUUUUCAUCUACCUCACUGACAGCAAGCAUCCUCUGACUGGUAACAAGCU